CACAGCUACUGCAUACAAGCUGUGACGUGCUUUUAAGAUAUAAUGGCAGCAUGCUCUUAAUAGCAGGGAGGAGAUGAUUUAUCAGAGUGGCAAAGGGGCUGGGACACAAGUCCUGCUGCAGUCCAAAAAAGUGUACAGCUGUCAGAUACCCGGAGAAGAGGAAGGGCGUGCGAGAGCAAUCUGCCUCCGCUCCUGGUUGCGAGCUUCAGGGGUUUGUGACAUCGUGGUUCUUGGGAACGCUGAAGUCUGAGUGCAGCUACUGAAAAGUCACACAGCUGGCAGUGAAUGCUACUCUCCUUUCAAGGCUGAGUGGACCAUUAAUGAGUGAAUGAGUUCUGCUGGGAAGGCUUGUCCUUACACCAUGACAGCUGACGAGUCAGAAGCUGGAGAGCUAGCUCUGGAGCCCCUGCUCACUUGCAAGCUAUGUCUCUGUGAAUAUUCCCUGGAUAAGAUGACCACUCUUCAGGAAUGCAGCUGCAUCUUUUGUACAUCGUGCCUAAAACAGUACAUGCAGCUGGCAAUUCAAGAAGGUUGUGGUUCUCCUAUCACGUGUCCAGACAUGGUAUGCUUGAACCAUGGGACCCUACAAGAAGCAGAGAUUGCCUGUUUGGUGCCUGUUGACCAGUUUCAGUUAUACAAGAGGCUGAAGUUUGAAAGAGAAGUCCACUUGGACCCCCAGAGAACAUGGUGCCCUGCAGCUGACUGCCAAAUGGUAUGCCGUAUUGCACCGAGUGAGUCAGGAGCGCCGGUGCCAGUGGAGUGCCCGGCUUGCCGCCUGACGUUCUGCUCCUCUUGCAAGGAAGCAUGGCACCCACAGCGCCUAUGCCAGGAAAACCAAACUACUCCAGUACCAACUGAGCAGGGAUCACUUAUUGGAACGGAGACAGAGGCACCAAUUAAGCAGUGCCCAGUUUGUCGGAUCUAUAUUGAGCGAAAUGAGGGCUGUGCUCAGAUGAUGUGCAAGAACUGCAAGCACACAUUUUGCUGGUACUGUCUACAGAACUUGGAUAACGAUAUCUUCUUACGACAUUACGACAGAGGCCCUUGCAGAAACAAGCUGGGACACUCACGGGCUUCAGUGAUGUGGAACAGAACACAGGUUGUGGGGAUCCUCGUUGGACUAGGUAUCAUAGCAUUGGUGACCUCUCCCUUGCUGCUCAUGGCAUCUCCAUGCAUCAUCUGCUGCAUUUGCAAAUCUUGCCGAAGCAAAAAGAAAAAACACAGCCCGCCAACAACCUAAAACUCUGUGUCUGUUUGAGCCUCCAUCUGUACAGCAUAUGUAUGUGAGAAAGCACAAUGGUUGUAUUUUGGUGCCAUACCUACCAAAUAAUACUCCCGUUUUUUGGCCAAUUCUUGGGAUAAGUGCCUAUUCUUUACAGGCUACUCUAUCGCUAAUGAGUCCCAGUGUGGGAAAAGUCUAGAUUACUGUGCAGUACAUAUGGUGUAGCUUUUUGCUUUUUAAAAGGAAAAUGGGAUGCCAUUCAGUAGUUCAUACCCUUAAAUAUGAGCCACCUUUUGAGACUUCUAGAACUUUACCAUCUUCCGUCAGCUGCACAUGACUUGAUCCUGCAGUAUUACUCUGCCUUUGCAGACCCAGUCAUUACUGUCAUGCUUUCUGUUGGCUAUUGGUGACAGAUUUCUCUGAAAGUUUUGGGUAUUUUGUAAAAGACGGAGAGGGAAAAGCCUGAUUAAGUUCUGUCUGCUAGCUUGUCUCCCAUUAAAGGUAACAAACUGUUAAGAAAAUGUAUUUGACAGUUUCCUGUCAA